GGAUUUACUGCCAGGGUCCUGGAUGGAUUUUACUGCGUCUGCGCCCUUGGCAUUUCCUGCCCUAGAGAUUCCUCCCUAUUUCAUCUCUGUGUAGGUAAAGCGACUUGGGUUUGGAAAAGAAAAGCAACUUGCCUGUGUUUAUCCUGUUAGAGUCAGAACUGGAGAUUGAAGCUCCUCUGCCUCUCUUCAGCAUACCAUGCACCUCUUGUAUGAAGAAGAAAAAGUCCUUUGUUCAUUUAAAACACUAUGGUGAGAUGAAGUUUAAGAUUUCAUAACAAGGAAUUUCUGAAGAAGCAUCAUUACACAGAACAACAUGAGGAGGAGUCUAGAAGGGAACAGUUCCCAGGAACUUGAAUUUGGAAGACCCCUGAAGAAGAUGGAAGUUUAAAAAUUCAGGAGGGAAACAGCACUACAAGGGAGAGCCUGAAGAGAGGAAAAAGAGACGUUAAGGCAAGGGACAGUCAAAGACAAGCAGAUUCCUUCAGGAGAAGAGCCAGAAAUAUAAAGAGUUGCUUUCAUGUUAAAGAAUUCACAUCAGGAUAGAGGAGGAGAUAACCUCAAAUCAGAAAAAUUUAGAAGAAAAAAAAAACCACACACAUAACCUCAGAUUCCUAAUAAGGAUCCAAUUUCAGAGAAGGUGAGAGGUUAGAGAGGCAGUGGGGAAACUCUAAAACAGACAAUGAAGAAAGAAAGGAGAGGUUUCAGGCAAGUGGCAGUCAAAGCCAAGAAAACCUCUGCCAAAGAAAGAAGCCAGAAAUAUAAACAGUCUGGGAAAAGCUUUUGUCAGAGCUCCCAUCUCUUUUCACAACAAAAAAUCUUCAUUGCAGAUAGACUCUAUGUCUGUAAAGAGUGUGGAAAGACCUUCAGUCAGAGUGGAAACCUUUCUAUACAUCAAAGAAUCCAUACUGGGGAGAAACCUUUUCUUUGUAAUGAGUGUGGGAAAGGCUUUAGUCAGAGAUCCCAUCUUACUCGACAUCAGAGAAUCCAUACUGGGGAGAAGCCCUAUGCAUGUAAUGAGUGUGGGAAAACCUUUAGUCAGAGCUCAAAUCUGAUUGUACAUCAGGGAAUCCAUACUGGGGAGAAAUCUUAUGAAUGUGAUGAAUGUGGGAAAGCUUUCCGUCGGAGUUCAGGUCUUACUGUCCAUCAGAGAAUCCACACAGGGGAGAAACCAUAUGAGUGUAAUGAGUGUGGGAAAGCCUUCAGUUGCAGCUCAUACCUCAUUGUGCAUCAGAGAAUCCAUACUGGGGAAAAACCCUAUCAAUGCCAUGAGUGUGGGAAAGCCUUUAGUCAAAAUUCACACCUAAUUCUCCAUCAGACAACUCAUUCCUGAAAGAAACACCAGAUUCCUCCAUUGGUUAGAGCCCAGUAUUAAUAGGAUCAAAUGUUCGUAUUGAUUCCUUGUUGUGCAGCCACAGCCUGUACUCAAAUUAGCCAUUUCACAAAUGUCUACCUUUGUUCACAAUGGAAAUUGAACAAGAAAUUAUACAGGUCCAGACAACCCUUAUGUGUGACUGUAAAGGGACAACACAUUACUUUACACUGGUAUGUUGAUUUGUGAUUCCAUUUCAGUUCUUUUCAAAUCAGAGGUAUAUAGCCUAAAUUAGAUAUUAACCGGUGAGGGUAGGCACUCAGUCAUCUCCAAUUAUGAAAAUAAAAUGAACAACAUCA